AAUGUAAGUGUGUUGAAGUUUCAAGGUCAACCUUUUCUGAAACUUUUGCCUUAAAUGAAUACUGCAGCUCUAGAAAGGAACGGGAUUGACUUACUGCUACUCAACAAACAUGAAUGAACUUCGACUGAAAAGUUGCUCAAGUUCCUGACAGGCUGAUUGGAAGCAUUGACUGAUGCUGACCUGAGACAAUUAUUGGUGUUAAGAAAACCUGGAAUUUAUCCCUGCCACGAUGGCGGAGCUUACAACUCUCGAUAGCCUGCUGGAGAUGGGCUUUGACAGAAACAGGGCAGAGAGAGCUGUGGCCAGCACGGGGAACCAGGGAAUAGAGCAAGCCAUGGACUGGUUAAUGGCACACGAGAAUGACCCAGACAUCGAUGAGCCCUACGUUCCUCCUGUGGGGAACGUCCUGGGAGAAGCUGCAGACACCCAGAGCGGCACGGAGCCGCCCACACGGGAAGACCCCGCUGAAGGAACAGCAGAAGGAGACGGCAGCUUUGUUGAAGAUGAGGAAAAUAAGCGGCCGAUGUCAGAGGAGGAAAAGCAGGAACAAGUCAAAAGACUAGAGGAGCUGAUGCGAGUGAAGCAGGCGGAGCGGCGAGAGCGGGAGCGCGCCGAGGAGGUGGAGCGCGAGAAGCAGAGGAGGAGACAAGGCCAGGAGCUGCAGCAAAUCCGCCAAAAAAUACAAGACGACGAGAUGAAAAAACUGGCUGAGCAGCGCAGGAGAGAGAAGAUGGAGGACAAAAUGGCCAGACAAAGAGUCAAAGACAAGAUCGCGCGGGACAGAGAGGAGCGAGCUCAAAAGUUUGGGGGCGGUGCUGCCUCGACCACAUCCGCCUCGUCUCAACCUAACUUACCCAGUCCAUCCUCCCCCACCAGUCAGGGCCCGCCACCCAGCAAAAAGGAGUAUGAUGAGUCCAGGAUACAGGUCCGCCUCCUGGAUGGCUCCACCAUCACGGCAGCCUUCAAGGCCCAGGAGCCUCUGGCUGCGGUGCGGGUCUACAUACAGAUGAACAGUAACACCCCAGAAGGUCAGGAUUUCACGCUGCUGUCGCCCUACCCUCGCCACAUUUACACUGAACAGGACAUGGAGAAGCCCCUCAAAGAGCUGGGUUUGGUGCCUUCAGCUGUGCUGGUUGUCUCCAAGAAAUGAGUCCAGGAGGAUCUGCCGUGUGGCCUACCUCACCACCUGCAUCAACACCAUAAACACCUAAACCGGGAGGAUCCAGAACACAACCGCCACCUUUGGGUGUCACUCAGUAAGCCAGCUGUUUGACCUGCAGAAGUCUAGAGACUCUGAAAUGUAGAGAUAAUUAUGUUGGUCAGUGCUUACAGUGAGUUGGACCUUCAACUUUUACCAACUGAAGAAAGCAAACAGCUGGCUUCUGACUGAAACCUCUUCCAGGAUCACUUUCAGAAAAGUCUUUCAUUUUUAACCGGAUCCUUAUGCGCCUCUGACUGACAGGACCUUAGAGAUAAUCCCAUUCUUCCUGAUUUUGUAAGAUUCUACUUUUUUUUUUUUAUCAUUCAGAUGUAUCAACAGUUCUGUCUGCAUUGUCACCAAAAAUCACAGACAAUAAAACUGACUUGGAGAACAGAAAGAUCCAAGUUUCUGAAAUAUGGAA